GAACUGGACUAUGGCUCAGGCCCCAUGGGCGUAGGCCAACGAGAACAGGGCCAUGGCCCAGGCCCUAUGGGCGUAGGCCGGCGAGAACUGGACUAUGGCCCAGGCCCCAUGGGCGUAGGCCGGCGAGAACUGGACUAUGGCCCAGGCCCCAUGGGCGUAGGCCAACGAGAACAGGGCCAUGGCCCAGGCCCCAUGGGCGUAGGCCGGCGAAAACUGGACUAUGGCCCAGGCCCCAUGGGCGUAGGCCGGCGAAAACUGGACUAUGGCCCAGGCCCCAUGGGCGUAGGCCAACGAGAACUGGACUAUGGCUCAGGCCCCAUGGGCGUAGGCCGGCGAGAACUGGACUAUGGCCCAGGCCCCAUGGGCGUAGGCCGGCGAGAACUGGACUAUGGCCCAGGCCCCAUGGGCGUAGGCCGGCGAGAACAGGACUAUGGCUCAGGCCCCAUGGGCGUAGGCCAAUGA